GGGGGUGGGCCCGCGGAGCCCCCGAGGGCGGGAGCGACGCCGCCGGCGCCGGCCGGGCUCCCUGCGCGACCGCGCCGCCCGCGGCGGGCCCCGAGCAGCAGUAGCAGCAGCAGCAGCAGCAGCAGCAGCAGCCGCCGAGGCCGGGCGUGCGCCUGAGGCGCGGCGGCGGCGGCGGCCCUGCGGGCGGCCGGGAGGGGCGGGGGCAGCGGCCGCCGCCGUUUGAUGGAUCCGAGGAUCGCCUGGUUCCAGCCAGAGCAGCUCGGACCGUCCAACAGUCUGUGGAUGCAGAUCUGGGAGACGACCCAGGGGCUGAGGAACCUCUACUUCAACCACCACUGUCACAGCAGCGGCGGCGCGAGCGGCGGCGGCGGCGGCAGCAGCACGGCCACCGGCGGGAGCGGCAGCAGCACCGGCAGUCCGGGCGGCGCGGCCCCGGCCCCGGCCCCGGCCCAGGCCGGCAUGUACCGCUCCGGGGAGCGCCUGCUGGGCGGCCACGCGCAGUCCGCGGAGCAGCGGGACUUCCUGCCCCUGGAGACGACCAACAACAACAACAACCACCACCAGCCCGCGGCCUGGGCCCGCCGGGCUGCCGCGGGCUCCUCGGCGUCCCCGUCCCCCUCCGUGUCCUCGUCCCCACACUCUUCCGCCGCCGUCCCCGCCGCGGAGCCCGCGGACCCGGCCUCGGGCAGCAGCAACAAGAGGAAGCGCGACAAUAAGGCCAGCACCUACGGACUCAACUACAGCCUGCUGCAGCCCAGCGGAGGGCGGGCCGCGGGGGGCGGCCGGGCCGACGGCAGCGGGGGCGUGUACAGCGGGACCCCGUGGAAGCGGAGGAACUACAACCAGGGAGUCGUGGGAGCUGACCGGACAGCUCAGAGCCUGCUUGAGGAAUUCAGAGGACUGCCGAAACCUGCCAAGAUAAGUGCCAUGAUCCUCACUGCCCAGAUGGGACACGGGCCUGGAGACGUAAAGCCCCCACUCAGUCUGCAUGAAGAAAUCAGUGAUUUUUAUGAAUACAUGUCUCCGAGACCGGAGGAAGAAAAGAUGCGGAUGGAGGUGGUGAACAGGAUCGAGAGUGUGAUUAAGGAGCUCUGGCCCAGCGCUGACGUCCAGAUAUUUGGAAGUUUUAAAACUGGCCUGUAUUUACCUACUAGUGACAUUGAUCUUGUGGUAUUUGGGAAGUGGGAGAACCUUCCCCUCUGGACCCUGGAAGAAGCUCUCCGGAAACAUAAAGUUGCAGAUGAGGAUUCGGUCAAAGUUCUAGACAAAGCAACUGUACCUAUUAUUAAAUUGACAGAUUCUUUUACUGAAGUGAAAGUUGAUAUCAGCUUUAAUGUACAGAAUGGCGUGCGAGCAGCUGACCUCAUCAAAGAUUUUACCAAGAAAUAUCCUGUAUUACCGUACUUGGUUUUAGUAUUGAAACAAUUCUUAUUACAGAGGGACCUUAAUGAAGUAUUUACAGGUGGAAUUGGUUCUUAUAGUCUCUUUUUAAUGGCAGUCAGUUUCCUUCAGUUACAUCCCAGGGAAGAUGCUUGCAUCCCCAAUACAAACUAUGGUGUUCUUUUAAUAGAAUUUUUUGAAUUAUACGGACGACACUUCAAUUAUUUAAAGACUGGCAUCCGGAUAAAGGAUGGUGGUUCGUAUGUGGCCAAAGAUGAAGUACAGAAAAAUAUGCUUGAUGGCUACAGGCCAUCGAUGCUUUAUAUUGAAGAUCCUUUACAACCAGGUAAUGAUGUUGGAAGGAGUUCAUAUGGGGCCAUGCAAGUGAAACAGGCCUUUGAUUAUGCCUAUGUUGUUUUGAGUCAUGCUGUAUCACCAAUAGCGAAAUACUAUCCCAACAAUGAAACGGAGAGCAUAUUAGGUAGAAUAAUUAGAGUAACGGACGAAGUUGCCACGUACAGAGAUUGGAUAUCAAAACAGUGGGGCUUGCAGAAUAGGCCUGAGCCUUCAUGCAAUGGAAAUGGUGUUACCUUGAUAGUAGAUACUCAGCAGUUAGAUAAAUGUAAUAAUAAUCUAUCUGAAGAAAAUGAAGCCCUUGGAAAAUGUAGAAGUAAAACUUCGGAAUCUCUUAGUAAACACUCUUCAAACUCUUCAUCAGGUCCAGUGUCUUCCUCUUCUGCUACACAGUCCAGCUCUAGUGAUGUCGAUUCUGAUGCGACACCAUGCAAAACCCCGAAACAGCUGCUCUGCCGUCCGUCCACUGGGAACCGGGUAGGGUCGCAGGAUGUGUCCUUGGAAUCAUCCCAGGCGGUUGGGAAAAUGCAGAGCACCCAGACCAGUAACACCUCCAACAGCACCAACAAAUCUCAGCAUGGAUCAGCAAGGCUCUUUCGUUCUUCCAGCAAAGGCUUCCAAGGUACAACUCAAACAAGCCAUGGUUCCUUGAUGACAAACAAACAGCAUCAAGGCAAAUCAAAUAAUCAGUAUUACCAUGGCAAAAAGAGGAAACACAAGAGGGAUGCCCCCCUCUCAGACCUUUGUAGAUAGUCGGCGUUGUGCGAUGGACUGUCUUCUGUGUGCAAUGGUCUCAUGCUCAGGACAGUUGGAUAGGGACUCCUGGCGCUCGGGAGCCUUACACUGUUCAGACUUUGAUUUAGCAACUGCGUUUUUUCCCAGCUCGCCACGGAAUGGAUCAUGAAGACUGACAACUGCAAAAACAAAAAGCAAGCAAAAAAGGGGGAAAAAAAAAAAGGCUGCUCAUUUGAUAAGUCAUAUGCUACAACAGGGUCAUUUUAAGAUUUAAAGCUUGAAUGUAAAAUAAAUAUAUUUCUCAUUGGCUUUAUGCAGAGUUAUAGGGAAUAAUAUUCAGUGUGGGUAGGGUGAUAGGAACAAAAACCAAUUUCAGAGGAUGGGGUGGGGAAAGAAAACAAAAGUAUCUUAUAGGAAGUCCAGAUUCCAAAGGGGAAAGUGAUCUGUGCAUGUUUUCUUUUUUUUUUUUUAAUAUUUUUGCAUAUAUUUACCAUUUUAUUGUGUGUAUAUAUAGAUGACCAUAUAGGAAAUUGAUAUUUGUAAUAGUGGAUUUGUUAAUACUUUUUACAUAACAUUACUGUUUAAAUUGUAAACAGAUUUUUCUCAGGAUUAGUUUCAAAAAUAAUCUGAAUUGUCAUCUUAACAUCCAUAUAUAGGGAAGUGAUUAGUUCUAUUACUCAAUUUGUUUUCCUCAGCAUUGAAAUGACUUACUCUAGAACCCUUGUGACCUGCUGCAAAAAUUUUUCCUCUAAAGAAAAGGUUUAUGGUGGCAAAUGACGUUUUAUUUUGUAAAAAAAAGAAAAAAGAAAAAAGAAAAAAAAAAGAAAAAAAGAAAAGAAAAAAGAAAAAAAGAAAGAAAGAAAAAAAGAAAAAAACGUACUAUGUACUUUUGUGUAAACACUGAAAAGCUCUAGUCAUCUCUAAGAAUUAACUUGCAACUGUUUUCUAUAGUGCUGUCGUCUUGGGCAAUGGGCAAUUACAUGACUUUGUGUUUGUUUCCUUUGCAGUCUUGUUUUGUUUUGUUUUUCUUCCUAAUAGGGGAAAAAAAAAAAAAAAAGGCCGCCCGCGUCUGGUCCCAUUCCUGUUGCGGUGAAACCCCGAGUCCCACAGACUUUGCAUGCUGGCUCCCAACCCUGUGUGCAGCGUGUGCUUGGUUCUCUCGUCUCUUCUUCUUUUCUAAAUCCAUGCUUAACUACUGUGGGAGAGAUUAACUGUAAACAGCUUUAAUUAAAUCAUACUUAUAAAAAACUAUUUUCUUAUACUCCACUUUAUGCUUUUGGUAUUGUUGAUCUUUAAAAAUUAAAUGGUCUUUGAUAAUGGAUCUAUUUUGUAUUGCCUUAUUAAGACCAAAUACUUCUUGUCAUCCCAUUCUUUAUCCUCUCUUUCCAUGGAAUUGUUAUCUUUAAUUAAAACUUUUUAAAACAUUGGCUUGUUUCAAUCAUACUGUAAAUUUUGGUUGUGGUCAGCUUUGAGCGCAAAUGAGAUGUAUAAUUCUGUUACCCAUCACAUGUUGAGUCUGAAACUCGGGAAUGUUGACUAUAAUAGGAUGUAAGUGACAUUUCUGAAAAUGCUCUCUUUCAAUGUGAAGGCUCUUGUGUUUAGCAUCAGUGUAUGUGGCUCUGUUAAUUACAGCCAUUUGGGAAAUGAGAUUCUUUUAUAUAUAUACAUAUAAAGUACUAUUGGCUUUUAGGAAUUUCUUUUAUAUACAUUUAUGAAAUACUGAAGACCAAUCAGAUCAUUAAUGGACACUUAGUGCAACUUUUUAUAAAGAAAAUAAUGCUAAAGUAAGACCAAAACUGAUGUUAUCACUGAAAUUGACAGUUUUCAAUAUGUUCGUAUUUUAAUUCACAAUGGGAAAAUGUGUUCCACAACUGGAAACUCAUGAUACUUGUGUAAAUCGUGGAAAAUUUUAAAUGUGAUGUUAUUUUGACAAUGUUUUAAAUUUUAGAGUCACAUUUUAUUCUGAUCAGAAUUUUUAUCAAGAUGUUGAGCUUUUGUGUUUUGAAACUAGUUUGUCAUAACAUAUUGUGCUUAAUCACAGUAUUUAUUUUCUAGGACUAUUGUGAAUGUGUAGACUUAUGUUUACUGCUAAGGGAACAAUUAUUUAUAAAAUGAUAUUAAAUCCAGUAUUAGCUGCCUAUUUCAGACACUUAAUACUUGCAGAGAUCCAUUGUUACAUUUACCACACUGAAGUUUUGUUUUGUUUUGUUUUGUUUUGUUUUAAGAAUCACCCUCAUUGUUGAAAGUAAAUGUACUCUUAGGGUGCAGAUAUUAGCGUUCCAAUAAGCAUGUGAUUAUAUUAAGGUGGUGGUAGCGGGAAGAUAAUCUUGAUUCCAUUGGGAAUCUUAGGUUUUCGUAAAUUUAUUGGGAAAAUAGUUUUUCCUGUACUGCUGAAGUUUCUUUUUGGUAAACAGUAUCUUUCUAAAAGAAAAAGCAUGAAGGAGAAAUUGAGGUGUGUACAUAUCCUCAAAUGACCAGCAUUGUAUUCGUGAAUACUGUGUAUCUUGCAAUGAACAGUGUGGAAGCUGUUCAUUUUUCAAUCUGAAGUAAAAUACUUUCAAGAACUUUUA